CUUCAAUUACCUUGAUUUCUUCCCUCUCUCUCUCUCUCUCUCUCUCGCAGCCUGUCUGGUAAAGUUCUGCAAUUUUUUCUGGUCCUUCUGAUUCAAAUGUGUUUGUUGGUCAAAUGUAGGAAAAUAAAUCAUGGAUGGCGAUCAGACUGAGUUUGAACGGCAAUUGCAGUUAGAAAAACGAUUAUCAGAGGAGAAUGCAUCAGCUUGCACUUACACAGACCCAAAUGAUGGAACUGUAUUUGAGUGGGAUGAAUCCAAAAGAGCUUGGUUUCCAAAGGUAGAUGAGGAUUUUCUUGCUGCCUACCAUGCAAGCUAUGGGAACAGUACUGCAGAAACACCAACCGACACAAAUUCAGCUGCAAAUGAAAAUACAAACAAUGAAAAAGGGGUCACAAAUACUGUAAAUAAUGAACCAGAGGCUGGCGGGUCAAAGGUUACUCCAGCUACUAAGAAAAGGAAACAGACUCAAGAACAGUGGUUUGAGGUGGAUGAAGAGAAAAACACAAAUGUGUAUGUGUCUGGACUGCCAGAGGAUAUAACAAUGGAUGAAUUCAAAGAACUAAUGGGCAAAUGUGGCAUUAUCAUGGUGAAUGAGGAGACAGAAGAACAGAAAUUAAAGCUUUACAAAGACAGUGACGGCAACUUGAAAGGAGAUGGACUCUGCUGCUACCUCAAGAGGGAAUCUGUUGAUCUUGCUCUGCAACUUUUGGAUGAAUCUGAUUUGAGAGGACAUAAAAUCUCAGUAGAAGUUGCAAAGUUUUCACAGAGGGGAGAAUACCGCCCUCAACGGAAGAAAAAGAAAAAUAAGAAAAAGAAAAAAAAGACACAAGAAAAGUUACUUGAUUGGAGGCCUGAGAAGAAGUUACCACAGCGCAAGAGGAAUGAGACUGUUGUUAUCAUCAAACACCUAUUCCAUCCCAAUGAGUUUGAUGAGGAUGCGACAGUCAUCAAUGAAAUCAAAGAUGAUUUGACAGCUGAAUGUUCCAAAUUUGGAGAUGUUAAGAAAGUACUUAUCUUUGAUCGGCAUGCAGAGGGUGUUGCGUCUGUCAAGUUCUCAAAUGCAGAAGAUGCUGACAGAUGUAUCUUGGCAUUAAAUGGCAGGUGGUUUGCAAAACGACAGCUGUCUGUCAGUCAAUGGGAUGGCAACACCGACUACAAGAUUGAAGAAACAGAAACCGAGAGAGAAACGCGAUUACAGAAAUGGGAUGAAUUCCUCCAAAAAGAUGAUGAGUUGCCUAGCAACACGAAUAACAAAGACUCAGCUCAAGACGAUAAACAAGAGAAUGAGUUGCCUACUACUGCAGUUACUUAGAAUAUGACAGUAACUUUUCUCAUCUUAACAUUUAUUUUAACUGGUUCUAAAUUUGGUUUGAGUGUCUAAAUUCAUGUCAAUAAUUAGGUACUGUAAUUAAAGGCAUCAAUAAGGAAAUUCCUAACAGAUUCACAUUUAAUUUUUUUUUUACAUAAUUUAUCUUGGACACUUGUUCAGCAAAUGGCUGAAUUUUUGCCAAUAUAGCUAUAGAAUUUGGAAUGUUUUCUCAUUUUGUACAAAUAAAUGCAAAAGUACUGUGAA